AUGGCAGAGGAACAGCGCAGCCUGAGAUCAGUCUACGAGGACGCCGAGCAGAAGCGAAGCAGCCUGGACGGUUAUUCAAGCAGCAACUCCUCCGCCUUCCAAGAGAACCUGAUAGUCGCUCUGCAACUGUUCGAAGAGUGUGUCAGCAUCGCCGACCGGAUAUCUCUGUUCAGCCCAAACGAGACUCUUGAGGAUAUUGCGACCGCGGACCUGCCGUAUCUCCUGUUAAACUACCGCAUUGCUGAACUGGUCCUCCGGGUGAAUGGUUACGAGAACAGGAAAGCGAACAUACUGCAGGCCCAGAAGAGAUAUGAGCGCUUUCUGAAGCAGUUGGACAACUACGAUCUCUUGAUUAAAGACGAUGCAGCGUUGUUUGAGCAGUAUCACGAAGCACCGAACACUUUCUCCACCGCAUCCACCACAGAUGCAGCAGCAAGACGAGAUGCGAAGAUCAGACGGUUCAAGGACGAGAAGGCACUGAAGCAAAAGCUCGAACACCUACGCAGCAACCCGACAGUAUUGCACAAUGAUGAGGCAGCAGCGAGAGAGCUCUGCCUGACGGAGCUUGCUUUUUGCACACAUCAGACCUUCGCACAGCUCGAAGGUAUCGGGCAGGAACUGCACAUACUCUCACUUGCGCCGCCAUCACCACCGCCAGAGUCUUCUAGCACGGUUGACGGACGAGAACGCAAUGGGAGGCACGCUAACGGCUACAACGAGCGGUUAGAUGCACCUCCACUGUCUGCAGGCAUGCGUGGGCCAAUCUUAGACAGCAAAGGAAAGCCACUUCGUCCAUUCACGUUGACGAGCAAGCGUCAGGAGUUUGCCAAUGGAGUCUUCAGGCCUGAUCAUAGCUUGCCGACCAUGAGCAUCGACGAGUACCUUGAGGAGGAGCGAAAGCGAGGUGGUAUGAUUGAUGGUGGCGGGCCGCAGAGUGAGGUCAAGCCUGUGGUGGACGAGGAUGAUAUGGAAGCCGCUGAUCGUGAGACGAUGAAGGCGAGGGAGUGGGAUGAAUAUGUCGAGGCGAACCCGAAGGGCAGCGGCAACACGCUGAAUAGAGGAUGA